AUGGAAAGACAGAAGCAACGUGUUUCCUGGUCUCCUGUUGACCCAUCGGUCCCCCUCCCCUGGCUGUGUUGUUCCAGGAUCAUAGCACUCCCUCUAAGCACACGUUUGGGUGUGAAGGACCGGAUCUGGACUGAAGCCCCGUCGAUCCCCAGACUGGAGGCCUUCUGCAAGCACAACAACCCACAGCCUACCCAGAGUGAGCUGGUGGGUCUGGCCAGGCAGUGUGGACUCUCUCAGCGACAGAUCCAGACCUGGUUCAGACACCGACGGAACCAACAGCGCCCCAGCAACACCAGGAAGUUCUGCGAGGCCUCUUGGAGAUUUGUCUUCUACCUUGUAGCGUUCACCGCAGGGCCUAGCAUCUCUACAAAAUGGUUCUGGGACUCCAGAGAGUGCUGGAACGGUUACCCCAAACAGCCGGUGGCAGAAGCUCACUACUGGUAUUACAUCAUGGAGCUUGGCUUCUACUUGUCCCUCCUGCUGUGCGUGUCUGUGGAUGUGAAGCGAAAGGAUUUCAAGGAGCAGAUUGUUCAUCACAUCGCCACCAUAUUCCUCAUCGGCUUCUCCUACUGCGCCAACUUCCUGAGAGUGGGUACUCUGGUGAUGCUGCUGCACGACUCCUCAGACUUCUUCCUCGAGUCUGCAAAGAUGUUCAACUACGCUGGCUGGAGAAAGACAUGCGACAUACUGUUUAUCCUCUUCUCUGUCGUCUUCCUGGUGACUAGACUGGUCAUAUUCCCUGGCAGGAUGAUCUACUCCACCAUGGUAGAAUCUCUGGACUACUUCGACCCGUUCCCUGGGUACUUCUUCCUCAACGCCCUGCUUCUGGUGCUCCAGGCUCUCCACAUCUUCUGGGCCUACCUCAUCCUGCGGAUGGUCCACAAGUUUGUCUUCCAGGGCAAGGUGGAGAAAGACGAGCGCAGCGACGAAGAGAGCGGGGAUGACGAUGAGGAGGGGGAGGACGACGAAGAGGAGAGGCCCGAGGAGGGAGAGGAUGAAGGCUGCUGGGGGAGGAGCGAGGGAAAGGGUGCGAUGAACUCUAAAUCGGCGUCCCUGGCCGACCACUGUGUUCUGAACAAUCUGACCCACCGGAGGAGCUCCAACAGCCCCUGGCCCAAAGCGAGGUAGUGAACCUGCCCCCUCCACCCCCCACCCCAUCCCCCACUGCUCCGUCCCCUCAACCCCAACCUUCCGCUUCCACCACCAUCUGUUCAGCAUCAUCAGAUAAUAGGUGUGUCACUGUUUCACCCCACACACACACAGACACACAGUCACACACACACACCGAAGGUCUUGUCACUGGGUAUAACUAGACGCUGGUGUCGUUUUCAUUCAUAACCACUAAAGAAAAUUCUCCUGGGUUUUAUUUGCAUGGCUGUGUACAGUAUGUGGUUUAGUAGCUGACUCUAUGACCUCAGUCUUCUUCCUUCACUGCGGUUGAUUUUUGAUGUGAGAAAAAAGACAUGACUAGUAGAAGUAGUAGUAGUAUUAUUAGUAGUAGGUAUAUCAUACUAGUUAGAAUCCUCAGAAACAACACUUAUUUAAUCUGCGGUAGGUAGUACAAUCAUCAAUACAUUAAUGGAGGUGAGCUAUUUAAACCUUGAUAUAGUACGGACCUAUCCAGACAAAACUCUGAGGGGGAAUCUUCAGUAAUGGCGAUGAUAAUUGCACCAGAGAUCCUCUAGACUCUAGAGGCUUGUAUGUUUUCUACUACGGACAUUGUCAGAGUCGCACGGACACAACUAUUAAACAAAAUAUUACGCUCAUCCAAUAAAAAUAGAUAAAUGCUGCGGACACAUCUUAAAAUCCUCUUAUCUGAUCCAUUAUCAAGUCCAGCCCAGAUGAUUACUCGUCUUCAUCCAUGUACUUAACUUCUACAAUACAUCUAUGCAUUCAGUUCAAUUUUACGCUGGUUUGUAAACUGCCAACUGAAGAAAAAUGGAUUGUCAUAGCGUAUUUGAUAAACUACUGUGUAGCCUCUCUUUUUUCCAUCUUAUCGGCUGAAUCGAUCAUAAUCAAUCAAUAAUAACCGCUCUAUAAUUAGCAUUAUCGUUGUAUAUAGAAUUGCUGCCUAAGAAUUUGCUAAUGAAUUAUCUGAUGUGCAGAAAAGCGUUUAGGUUGGUUCAGAGUAGAGGGUUCACUCUAGUUAGAUUCUCUCUAAAUGGCCCUGGGUUGGUUGAGUUACAUUUGAGUACCUUUGGCGCCCCCUAGUGCAUCAGCGACUCCUGAAUUGGUUUUCCAAUUAACUGAUAUGCCUUUUAAGAAGUGAUUUAAAGUCGGGACUUCUAAAAUAUGUAUGGUAUUUCCUGUUGAUUCUCUGUGCGAAAAAAGUGUGGAUUAUUGUGGUUGGUUCUCGCUGCAAGUUUGAAUUCAGUUAUUCUUGCUAAAGGACUUAGUUUUGUGCCUUGACUCCUGUUUUGUCCCAGCGCCUUGUUCUUUAGCUCUUUGUGCUAAUAGAUAGCUUUACUAUAAAAGCAGAAAGACAAGGAUUUUCUGGUCUGUGUGAGAUUCUGAAGCCAGACAGUGCCUUGAUAAGCUUUGCAUUAAAGUACCCUAUGUGGAAAUGUGAAAACAUUUUGCUUACAACUUUCCUGGAGCCUAUUUUUAGAGAUAGAGAGUGUGAGUGUGAGUGAGAGUUUGAGUGAGUGAGAGAGAGAGAGAGAGAGAGGGGUUGUAUAGAGGGAAAGGAAGGGCUAUCUUAUAUAUGAAGAUUUUAAAUAGAUUUUAAGAAAGAAACCUUUCAGAUGAUUAAACUAGAUUCUGCCACAAUCCCUGGUAUCUAGUUGUCCUUUCCACUCCAAUACACAGAGGUAUUUGUCUACAAAAUAAUCCCUCUCCUUUGAAACAUGAAUGAGGUAUAACUCUAAGCUUGAAGACAACAUUACUAUGUUGUUGAUAGGCUUCCAACCACUCAGCAUUUAUGUGAAUCCCCACAGUAUGCAUCAACAAUUGUAUAAAUCCUUUUUUUAAUGUGUCAGGCAAUGUAUUUUUCUUGGUUUGUUUGUCUGAAUGAGGAAACAAAAGGGCUCAUCAAUUCCCUGUAAUGUCUGAAGACUGAUUAGGCAACCUUUAUUUAAUAAGGGAAAUAACUACAAGUUUAUGAUGCUUUUACACGAGGGAUGCCAAUAAGUAACAGGUAUUUUUUUUCACAAAUGCACAUUUGUCAAAGUUUGCUCUGUCUCUUCAUCGUUGUUAAUAAAGAGCUUCUUUUGAAAAUUGUAAACAAUGAAUGUUGCUAUACUUUUUUUCUUUUCCUCUCAGAGACAGCAGCUCUAGCCCAUAGAUUAACUCUUUCUUUUUUCAUCACUGGUGAUGAAUCACAAAGCUUGAUCCAAGAGAAAAAGGUAAAUCAUUACAAAUAUAACCUCCGCAACAUGGGUGUAAAAAACAACUUGGUUCUUAUGAAGGUAAGUACUUCAACUGUGCUAGAAAAAGCCUACCAUCCUGAAUGCUUACUGUUAUUUCUCUCCCUCUUAAAAUAAAGAUGUUUUUUUUUUAAAGCGGACUCCAAGAAUCACACAAUUAUUCCAAUGUACCUGUACUUCUGCUGUG